AUGACUACCUAUAAUUGGAACAUGCUAUAUAUGUACAAUACUGAUGAUAUAGGAGGCUUAAUUCGAGAGGGAAGGAACCGGGGAUUUCCUCAGAUCGGAGUAGCUCAAUUUUCAGGAAGUGAAGAGUCGUUUUCCCACACAGACGCGAGGGUAUAUCAGGGUAAGAUCAAUCAACACACUCAAAAGGCAAAAAUUGCAAUUGAGGUGAAAAAUUCUGAACGAAGGGAAGAAGACAUAAAGGUACUACAAACCAAUAAUGGAGAUGGAAAAAAAGAUGUUGUUCAAAUGUACACACUCUGUGAUCAACCUAAGUCAAAAUGUUUAUCCUCCAAACUUGAGUACAGCGAAAGUGUAAUUGAGAACUUGGUGAAACGUGAAAAUGUAGUUCAUCCUAAUAAUGCCACACUCCGUGUAAAUUCAGCGGAUCAUAAAAUUGGCCAUAAUGACCAAGUGCACACACUAACGAAUGAAGAGUUGAAGUUCUUCCUAAAAAAAAGUCCAUCAUGGGGGAAGCCAAUUAGCGGGGAGCAGCAAGAGAGCCAGUCAGAUGGCACCUUUUACGAAAAUGGAUCGGAAGAAAUGUGCCUUGUAGAAGGUGUAACCCGUUUGGGGCCAAUUCCUGUACGUAGUGGAUUCUUCCAUGUGCCACUUCCGCAUGAGGAGGAGAAGAAAUUGUUCCUAAAGGAAAAUUCAAAUGGAACCCCCUCAUACCCAUCACAAGAAGAAGCACGGGUUACGCGUGAUAGGAACUUUGAAGCUAUUGACAAAGCAGCGCGUGAGCAAACAUAUAUGGAGGGAGAAUCACCCUAUGUUGAUUAUAAAAAGGUGAACGAGGGAACAUUCGAUUUUUUCAGCGAUGGAAAAGGAAGAACCAGGGAGAAAUAUUCAUGGGGUGUAAAUUGCAAAAGUGUCUACACGCAUGGGUCGGAAAAAUGCGUAGACCGGAAGAGUGCCAUAGGGGGUCAUCCAAAAUUACUCCAAAAUUUCCUCCACGGGAUGGCUAACCCCUUUAAUUAUGAAAGUGAAGAUGUUGCUGAGGAAGAGGCACACCGAGUGGCAUCACCAACCCGCAUAGAUGAAUCACAUGUCUGUGUGGCGCGAGUAAAACCAUCGACAAAUAAGCGCAAUGGCAAUUCUUCAUUUAUUAAAAAUUCACCAAGUGGAAGGAUGGAGGGGGAAGACAACAAAGGUAAUUGGUUAAGAGGUAAGGACGCAUCAGCGCGGGAACAUCACAAUUGGCAGAGCUGUUUAAAGGUGCCGACGCAGGUAGAACAUAUGGAAAAAUUUAAUAACCUGUUCGAGAGUUCCAGUAGCACAUUGUUUAGCGCACAUAAUUCAUUUCUGUCAUCGAGGGCGCAGAAUAUGGGGUGUUACAAUGAUACGAGCGGUGGUCGUGUGGUGAUUAAUUCUUUGGAGGGCCAUAAAAAUGGGCAGUUGCGCGGUUACCCCGGAAAUUUGACCUUUUGCGGGAAACAUGAAGUGACGGAAGAAGUGAAUGAGGAAGUGAAGAAGGAAGUAAAAGGUGAAAUAAAAGGGGAGGUGAAAAAAACGGAGAAAAAUAAAAUGAGGUGUGAAUUCCCCCGUAGUGCACUAGGAGUGGAAAUUACCCCUUUUGCCCAGGGGAGUGGUGGCGGUGUGAAUUCCUCCACCGUUUCGGUCGCGGAGAAUAAGUCGCGCGCAGUGUGCGUCACCAGUGUUGAAAGUGGAAAAAGGAAAAAAAGAGAAAAAAGCGAAAAAGGCGGAAGAAUUGUCGCAUUUAGCUCAUUUAGAGAAGUAAGCGAUCAGAUUAAUGGUAGGAUGGGAAGGAAUUUUGGCCAACCCAGCAACUGUCGGGGCACCGCACGUACUAUCUCCUCAGGUUGUCGUGAUGAGAAGGAAAAGUGUCGCUACGGGGAGGGCCUUGUCGCGCGGGGUGUCGUUUCAAUUUGUAGUAAGGGCAGUCGGUGCGGUGGGAAAAUGAGCAAUAAACGGGAAACUGACAGGGGGGGCAGUGGCAUCAGUGACAGUAGCGACCGCGUUGAUCAUGUUGAUCCCGUUGAUCGUGUUGAUCAUGUCGAUCGUGUUGAUCGUGUUGACAGGGUUGACCGCUCCAACCACAGUGGGGACGACACUGGAAGCAGUUGCGGCAACCCUUUCACGAGGAAAUCUCGUUCAAAUGUGGAGGAAAAUCGGGGGGCAUGCCACCCUGAGAUAGCAAAAAAAAAAUUUUUCACGCACCUGUGGCAUAGAAUUAAUACCAAGAAUUCGUUUAACAUGUUGGCAAAUUCUUCCAACUGGCUAGAAUUGCGAAAUGGACAAAGUGACGUAAACCACUACGAUGAAGUGAUUCCACGGUACAGUGCACGUAUAGGCUGCAUGGAGGAUGGUGGUGUGGAGGAUAGAGUCCUUCCCCCCCCGGGUAAGUGGCGUAAUGGAAAAAACCACACACACCGUUCUGGAGAUGAUCACAGGGGAGGCAACACCGAUAAUGUUCCUGGGGAGGGCCUCAGUAGCGAGGGAGUGAAGCUCCCGAGUGAUGACGAAGACGCACUAAGCAGGUUGGACGAGACGCAACAGACACAGGUACAUUACCAUUCGGAAGAACAUACGGAUGAGGAGGCCUUCUCGAGCAACAACAUCCUAGCGAAGGACAUUGAAGAGUUCAAAAUGGAUAAAUUUUUUUUUGAAGAAAUUUACACAUACAGGAUGAAUGAAGGGAGUGAUGAAGGUGCCGCCAUUCCAAGUAGCGGGAUCGGUAGUGUCAAAGGUAGUGGGAACGACGCCCCCGGGACGAACCCCUUUGGGCGGUCUGUCGGAGAAGUGUCCAGAAAAUUACUUUGCGAAGAAGCCCUGCGAGGGGCAGAUUUGACGAAACUGGUCCUAAACAAAGGUUGCUACGAACAUAUAAAUGAUGAGGUAAAACAUUUGAUCAAGAAAGAAGAAGAAUACCAAGUGGAGAUGAAGAUGGGUUUAAUGUUCCGGAAGUACAUUUCCAUGAUGAUCACUCUGGCCUGCAACUAUUUGCUAGUUAAGCUGAAUGAUCAAAAUAUUAUAACGUGCAUCCCAUAUGGAAAUAUUAUAAACGUGAGCAUAGUUAAAAGGAGCAAGAAGAAGAAGGACAGGUACGUAUUCAAAUUGGUAUAUAUUUUUAAGAAGAAGAAUCGCUUCGAAAGAAAUGUUACAUUACUGUUUCGGUCGAGCAACAUGGGAGUGUUUGAAGAGAUUAACAGGAAAGUAGAACCCACUUGGAGGAAAGGGAAACGAGUUCGAUGUAAGGAGUAUCUAACGAUAGAAUCGGUUCACUCGUACAUGGUGGAGAAGCACAAAAAGAUUUACCUACUCUAUUUGAAGCACCUUAUGCAGAUAGUCGAUCGGAUAUGCAGACGGCACGUUUUGAAGUACGCCUUUAUUGAAUUACAGACGAAAUGUCAUUACGAGAAGGAGGUUGAAGAAGGAAGAAAGCAACGAGAAAAGACACUAAAAAAUUUGGCAGAUAAGUUACAAUUCUAUAUGCAAAAAAAAAUACAAAGUUAUUUUAACCUUCUAAUGAUAAAAGGUUAUGAAACGAAUUUUGUAACCUACCAAGUGAAGACAAAUAAUUUGCUCUUCAAUUUGUUGGUGAAGGAAAAAAGUAGUUACCAGGAAAUUGUAGACCGACAAAGUCUACUCCUUCUGUUUCACAUCCUUUCCAAUUUGUAUAAAAGAAAGAUGAGUAGUUACUUCCAACAUUUUGUGCGUAAUAACAGGGCCCUAAGUAGGAGGAAGAGUGCUGUGUGCUACUCACUAACCCGUGUAAAUAGCAUUUUGGCAAACUACGAACGGAGGAUAAAAGGGUUUGUUUUAUCCAGGUUAAAGUUCCAUUAUGAUUAUGUUACUAAUUUUGUCUUCACAAUGUUUAGGGUGUAUCUGCGUCGAGUGUUCCUCGGUUACAUUCGCUUGCGGGACAAUCGAAUUGGUAAGAAGGUUUCCAUCGAGAAGAAUGUUUUUCGGAUGAUAAAGGUUAUUUCUAGGAUGGUCCAACGUCAGAAGUAUUAUGCCUUUUUGCAAAUACAGAAAUAUUUUUUUCAUCAAAUGGAGAAGAAGAACAAACUUGCUUGCGACAAUUUAGUGUAUGCUAAUAAUGAGCUAUGCCAGUAUUUGGACAAGGCGACUUUAGAAAAGGGGAUCCACAGGGCAGAGUGUUUUUUCAAAUUUAAGAUGAAGGAAUAUUUGCUAAAGUAUUUUUUCUUAUUGAAGGGUCCACAGGUAGGAAAUGUACUACAGGCGAGUACCCCUCUUCUGAAACAUUGUGGAGUUUUUUCCUUCAUUUUGAAUAAACUUAUGCAGAGAAAAAUGCAGGACUGGUUCUUCCUCUUUGUGUUAAAAUCCUAUCAACAUAACAAUAGGAGUAGGCUCCUAUACGCCACAAAUACUUUGGAACUUCUGCUAAUGAAAAAGGAACAGUCCAAUGUCAUGCACCUCCUAAGAAUGAACGAGGCUUACCCCCGUCUCUUUCCCUAUAGACAUUUAACGAAGAUCGAAAUUUUCAUCCAAAGCCUAGAUCACUUUAUUAACUUCUGCAAUAGAAAAUGGCUACUAAACUUUCUACUUAAACUGCAUUAUUUGAAAUAUCAGGAGCGCAUCGUAAAGGUAUAUAAAUGUAUUGGGAGUCUGUAUAAAUUCGUCCGUGUGAUCAACAAGCAAAUGCGCACAUGUGUGGAGUGCCCUUUUCAGUUACUCGUCCUCAAUGCGCGCGUCAAAAGGGAAGAAUUAUUUGAGGGAAAAUUGAAGGCCACCAAGAAGACGCAACUUAAAUUUAAGUACUCCAAGGCGACCUCUUCGCCUGUCGCUACUGCCGUUGUUACGCAGGACUCACGUAGCCUCUCCACAAGGUACCCCUACCUGUUUUGCAACUCGGACAUAUAUCCUGGGCACAGCACCAUGACUGAUGAAAAAUAUUCCUUUGCCUCCAACGACUCCGCGUCCAAUAUCCUUUCUUACGUCUAUGAAGACAUGGAUAAGAUUAAGCGCAAAAUCCACGACUUCAAUACCCGAAUGAGCAACGUCAAUUUGUAG